AUGGAUACGUCCGACCCUCACAUCAGCUUCGAUGCACAGGGAAGCUGCGAAUAUUGUGGUAAUUUUCGCACGAACAUCCAACCCAACUGGCACGUCGAUGUCCGGGGUGAAGCGCAAUUGAUGAGAAUUGCUGAUCGAAUCAAGGCCGAUGGUAAGGGGCGUGAUUUUGAUUGCAUUAUUGGUUUGAGCGGUGGGUUGGACAGUUCUUAUCUUGUGUACGUUGCCAAGGAGGUAAUGGGCUUGCGCCCCUUGCUUUUCCACGUUGACGCUGGAUGGAACACAGAUCAGGCAGUUGGCAACAUCGAGAAGCUGGUUGAUGGCUUGGGGCUGGAUCUGUACACCGAAGUGAUCAACUGGGAAGAGAUGAAAAGCCUUCAACUUGCAUUUCUCAAGGCUCAGGUGGCCGAUCAGGAUAUACCACAAGACACCGCCUUCUUCUCUGGCUUAUACAAGUUCGCCAAGGCUCACAAAAUCAAGUACGUACUCACGGGUGGGAAUUUCUCUACUGAGUGCUGCCGCGAGCCAGAGGAGUGGGGCGCCUAUCCAGGUAUCGACAAAACACUGAUCAAUGAUAUUCACCGCCAGUUCGGUUCACGGAAGUUGAAGAGCUUUCCGAUUGUAGAUGUAUUGGCCUACAAGAUUUACUACCGUUACGUUUUGGGCAUGCAGGUGGUACGUCCGCUGAAUUUGGUGCCUUACAUUAAGCACGAUGCUGAGGCGACUCUUGAGCGUUUGUUUGGUUGGAAGAAGUUUCAGCACAAACAUCAUGAAUCGCGUUUUACCCGGUUUUAUGAGGAUUACUGGAUGCCUCGUAAAUUCGGCUAUGAGAAACGCCGCGCGCAUUUUUCCAGCCUUAUCAUGACCGGGCAAAUGACACGUGAAGCCGCGCUGGAGCGUAUUUCCAAGCCGGAACUGGACGAGCAAUUCCUGAAAUCGGAAUUUGAAUAUGUUGCAAGCAAGCUAGAUUUAACUGUCGCGGGCCUGCAGGAACUGUUUGACGGAAAAAAUAAAACCUUUCAUGACUACAAGAACAAACGCUUUAUGAUUGGACUGGGAGCCCGUGUUUUGUCUGCACUGGGGCUGGAAAGAAGGCUGUUUAGAUGAUCGCGAUCAUUGAUUAUGGCCUAGGAAAUAUCCAGGCUUUUGUGAAUGUGUAUAAGCGCUUGCACAUUCCUGUAACCGUUGCUCGAACGACGGAGGAUCUAAGUGCGGCCACCAAGCUCAUCCUGCCAGGAGUCGGUGCAUUUGACCACGCCAUGGAGCAGUUGAACGCUUCAGGAAUGCGGGCGACGCUUGAUGAAUUGGUUCUAGUAAGAAAGAUUCCUGUCAUUGGUAUUUGUGUGGGUAUGCAAAUGCUUGCGGACAGCAGUGAAGAGGGUUUACUUCCUGGUCUUGGGUGGGUUCCGGGGCGCGUGCGACAUUUUCGCUCAGUGACAGGACUGUCCCAUUUGCCACUGCCGCAUAUGGGGUGGAAUGACAUCGAGUCGCAACCUGGGCAUUCUUUGUUUAAAGGAUUGGAGUUGGAGGCAAGGUUCUACUUCCUUCACUCUUUCUAUUUUGAGUGUGCGCAAAAGGUGCAUGAAGCUGCUCGAACCGAGUAUGGCCUUAAUUUCAGCUGCGCGGUUUCUGUGGAUAAUAUCUACGGCGUCCAGUUUCACCCGGAAAAAAGCCAUCACUUUGGUGUCGCGCUUCUUAAAAAUUUCGCGGAACUAUGA